CUCAACUACUGAAUAAAAGAAUCCUAAUAAAGGAAUUUCUGUUAUUGUAGAAUGAGUCAAGAAUCUGCCCAUGGACAAGGCAACAACAAUGAACAUGUCAGUGUUCAUACUGAAGCAUCUAGUUUCACCCCUCCCAUCCAAAAUGAACCUAUCAAUCAAAAAAAUGUUGGGAAUAACCCGAACGCUGGUGGUCAACCCGACCUUGUGAUUCCAACUUUUCUGGCUAAUGUGUUACAACAAAUAGCCAACGCACCAAUGUUUCAACCACCUCCACCACCGCCACCUCGAGUAAUAACCUACAAAACUCUAAGAGAUAACGGUGCAGAAUUAUUCCUUGGGGAUCGCAUCGGUGAACCCAAAAUUGCAUGGGAUUGGAUCGAGCAGACUGCUCGAGUGUUGAAGGAUCUCAACGUACCUAUGGACAACUACCCUCGACUGGCUUCUCAUUUGCUACGCAAUGAAGCCUACGAGUGGUGGAAGAGAACCGAUGAGAGUGCGGGAACCCCUAAGCCGUGGACAUGGACACAUUUCGAUUGGGCAUUCAAGCAAGAAUAUAUUCCGAAACGUUUUAGUGAGGAAAAACGUAAGGAAUUUGUUGAACUGGAACAAGGAAACAUGACACUCCCUGAAUACUGUCAGAAGUUCACCAAACUUGCAAAGUUUGCGCCAACCUUGGUGAGUACCCCAACCGAUCGCAUUGAGGAAUUCAGGACGAAACUUCGACCUGACGUGAGGUCACGUGUGUCUGUCCUAACCACCGUGGACUUCGCAGAGGCCUACGAGAUCAUAGCCAGGGCAGAUAGUGACCUGAAUGCUUGCAUAGAGUACCUAAAGACAAACAAUGCUGGCUCAAGCACUCACCGUCCCACUAACUCUGUCUCAAAAGGAAAAAGGCCAUUCCAGGAAUCUAGUAGUUCACAUUUCCCUAAAAAUGGAAAGUCUGCACAAACCCAGUCAAUGACAUUCGGUAAUAGGACUAAGGGGUGGAAAAAUCCACAGUGCGAUAAAUGCGGAAGACACCACCCUGGGGAAUGUUGGCUUACACAAGGGUUAUGCCUCGGCUGCGGAAAACCAGGACAUUUCAAAAAGGAGUGCCCUACAAAUCCUGGAGAACCAUUUCCAUCUGCCCCCGUUGUUAGCCAGUCUGCAUCAGCACGACCUGCACCAAGUCAACGGUCAACUGCGGGAUCUAAUCCUGCUAAAAGUCAAAACAAACAGCAAGGACGAGCUCCUGCCCGUACCUACGCAAUGAAAGCAUGAGCUGAGGAAAACCCUGACGCAGGGUAUGUUUUCCUUAUUUGAUACUGUCAUGCAUGUGUUGAUAGACCCUGGAUCAACGUUGUCUUAUA